CACGUUCAUCCCCAGCAGCCAGCAGGUUGGAUCAGGUGUUAGUCCUGCAGCUCACCACCUGCUCUGUGGCUGUGCCCCUGCAGCUCCAAGGAAAAAUGGAUGUGAAAUUUGUCACUGUUUUGGUUGUUCUAGCAGUCACGGUUAGUCAGACAUCUGAGACUUUGUUUCCUGGGGCCUUUAACUGUUGCAUGAAAAUUUCACAUGAAAUUCCCAAAGGAAUCCUCAGAAGAGUGGAGAGAUUUGAAAUCCAGAAAGCCGAUGGCCUGUGUCACCUAGAGGCUGUUAUUCUCCACAUGAAAGGCAAAAAGUUCUGUGUGAAUCCAUGGAAUAGAAAAGUCAAAAACAUUAUGAAGAAGAUGAAGCACAAGAUUCACAGAAGCGAAUCUCAUGUUAGAAAGCAGAGAAGAACCAGAAUUAUCAAACAGAAAAAACAGAAGCAGUAGCAAAAUGAAGACCCAUGAUGAAGAUACUGUGGCAUAUGGCACUGCGGGCAAUGAUACGGGAUUUCACGAGUGAUGGACGAUUGUAGUAUUAAAAUUACUUUUCACAUCUCUUUGUGCUAGAGAAAGCAGAGGCAGAAAACAUCACCUGUACUGAGAACGAUGAUGAUCAUAUUAUCAGACAAAUUACAAGGUGUUCUGGUAAUAUCUUGUAACAAGUGCUCACUACCUCCUGGACCUUUGGCAGAUUUAAAUCUUCCUCUCUCUCACCCUGCUUUUAUGGCAACCUCCCCUGUGAUUUCUGUUUUAACAUGCUGUUCCUUCUCAUUCCUCCAUUCUUUCCCAAUCCUAUCCUUGGUCCUUAUUCUUCCCUCUCUGCAAUCAUCUUUCUGCUGUUGCCUGUUUUGUUUACAUUCUUCCAGUCAUUAAUCUUUUUUCUUCAUCUUACAUAGUCUUACACAGGCUUACUUUUUCAGAUACUUCCAGCUUGUUUGCGAAAACCAUGUCUUUUACCUGUUCUAAACAAUCUCUCCUCCCAGCUAUUACUAUCAUGAAAUAUAAUUUCAGUGAUAUCUGAUCCUCUUCAUAGAUCUCGAAGUGUGGCACUCAGAGCUUUGCAAUAAAGAUCAUCUCUAUUGCUUUUGUUCAUUCAA